GUACUUGUUCGAAACGUGGCUGACGUUUUGAAAGCUGUCUUGUUUUGUCUUUUACAUUUCACGUACGUUCACCAGAGAAACAUUACGAAUUUGAGAUUUUUAAAGAAAAUUCAUACCUUUGUGGCUAUUCCACUGUUGAGUGUACAUAUCUUUUAAAUUUAAAAUGGACCAAAUCGUAAAGUUCGUAGAGCCUGGCAGACAAUUCGCUAAGGAUUCUAUCAGAUUAGUGAGAAGAUGUACUAAGCCAGACAGAAAAGAGUUCCAGAAGAUUGCAAUUGCUACAGCUAUUGGUUUCUGCAUCAUGGGAUUUAUUGGUUUCUUUGUUAAGUUGAUACAUAUUCCAAUCAACAACAUUAUUGUAGGCUCAUAGAUAGUACUUUUAGCUCUAGUUUUAACUUAUCUUUAAGUCCUCUGGUUUCUUUAGUUUAUUCACUUUCAUAUUUUUAUUUGCAAUAAAUUAUUUCUUUUUUUAUGAAAAAUGUUUCUAUUAAAUGUUAUAUUGUCAGUUAACAUGUUUCACUAUUUCAAUUGAGGUUUAUGUUGGGAGCUUUAAACUUUUACUCACAGUGAAUAGAUCAAUAAUAAAAGAUAUUUAUAACUA